AUGUUCCACGAGAGUAUCAAGUCCUCACAGGGAGACCCUAAAUUUUUUGGCCCAGAAAACAGCAAAUUCCCUCACGUCCCCGAAGAAAGGACCAAUUCCGAAAAGUCACAAGAAAAACCAACUUCCCAUCAAAAUCGAUCACCACAAGUCCCAGAGGAUUCUAGCCUCGGCCUGUUCGAUCAGUUCGGCCUGUUCCUCCCAGUUCAGACCGAUCUCACAGAAACUGAUCCCGACCAACUCAUCAAGAGUUCGCUCGGAAAUAAGAAAGCAGAGAGUGAUGAAAAGACUAUUCCAACGACCAAACGAGUCAGUAGAGCAAACCUCAGACAUGCAAAGAAAGAUGCAUGUUGCCCAAAUCCAGUUAUAUCGAGAAAAAGUGCUAGAAAAGAGCAAACAAAGUCCGAGGAAGCGCCGAAGCCGAAGAUUCGCACUCGUUCAUCCGCCCGCGUAGCUUCUGAAAGUCCUCCAAAAGAAAAGAAAAUCAAAGAAUUCCCUCAAGAGACAAAGACUGCCACCCUUCCAAAUGAAGCUAAAAAUCUCAAGCCAAGUAAGAAGAAGGAGGUCACGUUCUCUCAUCAAAAUUCACCGCUUCCCUCGCGCUUUUACGAGGCUCUGUUGUUCUUCUCAAGAUCGCAUAGAGAAUUUCGAGAGAACAACGAGAAAUCGAGAAGAAGAUCAUCGAAGAGAGAGAAAAUGGACAUAACGAGCAGCGACGCUUCAUUAUUCUCAGAUGCCAGCUGCUCAGAUAUCAACUCAGAAGAAAUUUUCUCAGACGCUUCGUUUUCAGAAGGCUCUGAUGAUGAAGGAUACAGAACGAAUCCGACUAGUGCUCCGUCUAAGAUACAGGAGGAUUUCCAGCUCGAAGAAAAAGCUCCGAUUCCUCAAGCGAGAAAUUUAGUCGUCGCUUCAAGUACGGAUCCUUCGCCUAUCGACACAAAGUCAAUGCUUGAUAAGUGGGAGACAAAGCUAUCAAAGAAACCGGAAGUCGUCACUUCUAGCACUACAAACAAUGCAAGAGAAUCGUUGUCCGAGCUGCAAACGCUUGAAACGCGUCGGAAACAGAUUGAAGAGCAAUUUUCGAAGAAAGAUAGUUCACCACCGGCGGAGAAGAAGCCUGCUAUCUCGCUUGGAUACUCGGGCAGCUUGAGAGAUAAAAGAACUGCACUUGAACAGACGAUCAAUAGAUCCGCCUCAGGCCGAUCAAUCCGCCAAGAAUCUCUUUCCGCUGAGGACCGUGAAGAAGCAUUAACUCGUUCUCGAAGCGCCAGACUUAUGUGGGAGAAAAAGACGCAGGUUCAGCGACGCCGUGCUGAUUCAGAGUCUGACGAUGAAGUCCUUUACACAGACAAUACCCGUGGACAGCUAAACGAAACGAAACGUGAACGACCACCUGUCCGAAAUAUGACUCUUGAUGAAGACGCGCUUCUUGAUGAGGUGAAUCUGUCCGAAAGUCAAGCGCGAGCAAUUAUCGAAGAUUUGGAUCUGACGGUUGAUGAUGUCAGCCAAGAAAUCGAGCAAGUUGAUCGUGACGAAGAAUUUGAGGGAGUCGAAAAAGAUGAGAUGGAAGAUAAAUCGGAAGACAUCGGAGGCCAUGAGAUCAUCAUUGACGAGUCAUUGUCAGAAGAUGACCCUCACGAGGAUGCUAAUGCAUAUGCUGAUCAAUUGGAAACACCAGACGCUCUAAAAUCUUGUCAUGAGUCGGUGCCUUCUGAAUUCGAUGAUUACGAAGAGGUCAAACUCAGCACUCCUCUGAACCCAGCGAUGAAAGUGCCGGUUUCAUUAUCUGAAGACAUCGUCGACAACUCCGAGUCAUUAGAUAAAGAGCAAGAGCACGAAUUCCCAAAAGAGGGAGAAGAUGGAAAAGAAACUGACCCAGAAAGUGUCUAUCUCAGCGCGCAAGAAGAAUCUAUCAGCAAGAGUGAUACUGAAACGGAAAAUCUGCUUACACUCGGGGAAGAGCCGGGCUCAUCAAAAUCUGAUGCCGAAGAGGAAUUUCCAGAGAGAUCGAAUUCAGUUCUCGUCCCUCCCGACGAUCCGGUCGCUGAGCCGAACGCUGAUAAUAUAACCGUUUCGGAAGACGAAGAUGAGUUUCCCGAACCGUGCCCAGAUCCAGUCAGCAAAUCUGUACAUACCUCUAACUCAAGCGAAACUAAAACUAAUGAAAUCACUAACAAACCUCCACUGCCAGCACAAAAUCAAUCGGAAACUCACGAAACUAACGAGUCCAAUAACAACAGCGUUUUGAGACGACAAGGGAAACUUCGCCGACCACGUGCAAUGCGUGCAGUUUCCCAGCCCGUUUUCAGCAAGGCUGAUCUGGAGAUGAUAGAGAAACAUAGAAAUGCAACUGAACUUAGAAAUGAGCAAAUUGUCGAAGAAGCUAUUACUGGCAAAAAUGUCUUCGCCAACAGACUCAGUUUCUUCAAUGACAUCGUGAAAGCUCCAGUGGCGCGCGAUAGCCCCAAAGAAAUUCAACUCACUGAAGAAGAGGACUUAGGGCUAUUCAAACGAAGUGGCUCUGUCAGGGACAUGGCUCGAAAGUUUGGAUCAAACACGUCUCUUGCUAACUCGAACAAUUCGAACUCAAAAAGCUCUGCACCGCUGAGAAGAAGCGCUUCGCUGAGGAUUAAGACUAGUCCUUUCAAUGUUCAGAAGAAAGAAAUUGAAGCAACUGAUUUCAAACGUCUUCCCAGACCUGAGAAAAUUCAACUGCCGAAGAAAGAUGAAUCAGAGAAGAAAGAAGAAAAUCAUGAAAAAGAACCAGAAAAGCGAGCCCAAGCCGGCAUUGUAGGAAAACAUCGCAAAGGCGGAUUUCUUACUCCUGCACCACCAAAAGUGACAGUACCAGAAGUUGGUAAUCAAAGCACUCCUUCGCCGAGAAAAUCGAUGAAGUUGCAACAAUUAGAGGCGCGAUAUGGAGAGAAAAUGGGGUCUCCUUUGCCGAAUAAAAUCUAUAUGCCAACAAGCAAAUCUUCUGAACCAGUUAGAAAUGCCUCGCCAAAUUUACCUCAAUCACCUCAAAAAUCAAUGGAAGCUCCAUCAACUCCAGUCCAACUCCGCUCUACCUCCAAAAAAGCACGAUCUGAUGAUAAGGAUGUUCCAAAAAUGCGUCGUCAACGACCAAAAAGUGCAGUUCCAGACAUUUCAUUUUCACUAGAUGUCAAUUCUCCUGUCGCAUCAAGAAAAUCCUUCAUCGAAAAGAUUGCGACGAGCUCGUCGAAUCAACAAGACAAACAACUAACAGUUUCAUCAACAGUUGUCCGUAAUCUGCCUCAGAUUGACACAGAGGAACUUGAUAACAUUUUACACCAAUCGGUUGAUCAAAAAUUUGGCGUAGAAAAGAGUGCAGAGUACGGUGGUGCUGUUGAUAUUGACGACUUCGCCCCAGAUGAUCGAAAGAACAGGGCUCCACUUCUUACAGACCAGCCAAAAAGGCCGAGAAGACCGAGAAGCCAGAGUAGGCCAAGAUCUAUAAAUCCAAUGAAGACGGUAGCUCAAGGAGAGAGCAGUUAUUCUGAGCAAAAAACGGAUUUGGCUAUGAAAAUGUGUCAAGGUGAUCCAAUGAAACAAAUGGCAACCUGCGCAACAUCAGCUCUUCAAGCGACGGAAGAUGUGACAAAAAUUCGAUUACGCAAAACCCAGCGUGAUGGCGAAGAGAACUCUCAGUAUUCAAAGAAUCCUCUGCUUAUUCGAUUCAAAGGCCGUCGUCAAGUGGCAGUUGAGCUUAUUUCGCCACGCGCAAAGCGUCUUUCCCACCACGACUCAUUCGUUCUCGUCACAUCUGAACGCGUUUUUACUUUUCUUCCGCAAGCGUCAAACAUUAUAGAGAAAAACCGCGCCCGUGAUUUCGCUCAACUAGUAACAAAAACUGGGCAGUUGGGGACACACGCAAAAGUUGUUGAAGAUGCGGAUGAUUCGCCAGAUUUUUGGAAGAUCCUGGGCUCCAAGUCAAAGAUUCCGACGAAGAUGGAGACUAGUGCUGAUGAGUCCGAUUUGAAUCAUGAAAACGCUUGUUCAAGUCAUUACCGCUGCUGGCGACUUCACGAAGUCGGAAAUAAAUACAAACUCUCUCCAGAAGAAAAAGCAUGGGGAGUGCGACCAGAGCAAAAUCUUCUUCAGGAAACCGAGUUUUUCAUCUUCGAGUUUGGCUCUGAAGUUUACUCUUGGAUUGGCCCAAAAGUCUCAUUCGCUGCAAGACGUGCUGGAGAAGAGCUUGGAAAGCAGAUUUGGGAAAAAUUCGAAAGAAAAAAGUGGCACAUUUUUGCAAAGGUUACUGCUCAUCGUGAAACAGCUUUGUUCACGGAAAAAUUCUCGAAUUGGCUUCGUGAAGAUCAGCAAAACAUUAUCACUCCACAAGCUGCACUCAGAAAGAAAUCUGUCAGUUCGAAGCAAAGCGCAUCAUCAGGAGAUCUUGAUUUGAAAGAAGUGGCAUUCUUAGACCUCGAUCAAGAGCUCCUUCCGAUGAGAGUCAAAUCUGGCAGAUUCAACGUCUCCUCAGGGGAUGGAGAGAUAAUUGAUGAUGAUGGGCGCAUUCUCAAUGUCGCAACUAUUGCCUAUUCGGCAAAGACCAUUCAGAACGGUGCUGUCGUGGAGAGAAAUCUGAAAGAAAACUUCAUUUUGAAAGAAGAUGACGUAUUGCUUCUUAUCUGGACGUUCUCGAUUUCUGGAACAGGUCGGUGGAAGGGCAGUAAGAAAGCAAAGAAUAAGACUGAAGACAAACGAGGAGCUGCAAGACAACUGACAUUUAUUUGGAGCGGACCGAAAGCUUCAGAUCAUAUCCGGGGUCAAUUAGCUCUUUUGGCAAAUGAGCUGAAACUAGGCGUCUUUGUAAAUGUCUCUGGUGUACUUGAACCUGAAGUCUUUAUGAAAGCUUGGAGGGGACGCGCUCGUUUUGUAAAAGAAGAUUCCGAUAAUGAGCUAGUUAAAUUGUUCCUCCUUGGUGGAGAAACAGAAACAUCUAUGUACCUUAAAGAGAUUGAUUCCAUUCAGCCCGACCUUCUACCUCGUCAAAGCUAUAUUAUUGAGUCGUUAAGAACGGCAGAAAUUCAAAUUAUCAACCCUCAAGCCUCGCCAGUUUGCCCAUAUAUUCUUCAACAAUAUGAGCAGGAUGGAUAUUCAAUAUCUGAAGAGCUCAUUCACCAACUUCACAAACCUAUGCAUCGUGCAGCUGUGGAAGAGAGAAUUGUUCAAAUAUGGAUAGUAGCAAACGUUAAUGGAAGAUUUACGCCCAUGAAGGCGGAGUGCCGUCAUUUGAAUAGUCACUACCGGUUCGAGCAACUUCAACUCAAGCCAAUUUCGAUUCUUUUAUCGACAAAAGCGCUCUAUAUUUGGCGAGAGCAACGCGAAUCCGUCGACAAUGCUACUUUUUACGGAAAAUUAUAUCUUGCUGCCCGCGCUAUAGCUCAAAGAAUCGAUGAUCAAAAAAAUAUCGUGGACAUUUUCGCUGGUUCGGAGCCGUCCAACUUCUGUUUGCUUUUUCCUCACUGCGUACGUGUGCUUGAGUGUGGUCUCCCUCGAUUUAACGUGGCGCAGCACUAUUUUCUUCAAACAAUGCCACUUGUUCUCGGAGGAGGUCCCAAGUGCGUUGCCUGCACAAAGACUGUUUAUAAGGCAGAAGAGAAAAUCUCUGAAGCUGGGACUUUCCACAAAGCUUGCUUCAGAUGCAUCGCGUGCAAGAAGUCUUUAGAUUCUUUCGUUUGUAUUCGCGAUGAAAAGCCGUUCUGCAAGUCAUGCUACGGGAAAAACUUCGGUCCAAGUGGCUACGGAUUUGGCAAUGGCGGAGCCGGAGUAAUGUCUUCUGAACAAGCCCAGCCUCAGAACUUUGUUCACAAACCGCAAGCUGCGCCGGCUGCUACACCCGUCGGAACCGGCGCCGCUCCGGCCGCAGCUGCCCCAGCAGGAAAGACUAAAUAUCCGGAGAAUUACAAGGCAGGAAACGACCGAUGCCCGCGAUGCAAUGACAGAGUUUACUUUGCCGAGAAAAUGGUUGCAAAUGGAAUCAACUGGCACAAGCAAUGCGUAAAAUGUGCUUUGUGCAAUAAGCGUUUGGAUUCAACAACUAUCACCGAGCGGGAAAAGGAAAUCUACUGCAAAAGCUGCUAUGGCAAGAAUUUCGGCCCUAAAGGGUUUGGGUAUGGAGUCGGCUCCGGCACAUUUGCUCAGACUCAGUGA